GUAAAGAGGUUUACAUCAAGAAAAAGCAAGAAAAGACACUGCCCCCCAUGCCGGACGUUGAUACGGAGGAAGCCUCGGAUGAUAGCUCCGACGGUGGCCAUGGUUACGGAUACGGCUACGGCGGAAACUCCAACCAAAACCAAGCCGGUUGGCUGCCCGUUAGCUCAGCACUUGCCACAGACCGAAGCAGAUGGCCAGGCAAGGAAGGCCGCUGUGAAGUCGUCGGCCCUUGUGUACAAAGCUCCAACUUCCCCUCUGCUUAUGCCGACAACGACAGCUGCGAGGUGUUCUUUUCGACGUAUCCCUCCUAUGUGCGGGUCCAGGCUUUCGCUACACGGGAUGAAGGUUCCUCGGCUUACUCCGAUCGACUGCGUGUGUCAGGAAAAGAGUACAAGCGGACACAGCUGACCGAGGGCAGAGGUCUUCUCGUCAACGGGAACAUCUCAUGGAGGGCUGCAAGCAGUGCCGUGGGCAACACAACCGGGUAUGGCUGGCAAGUGUGUGUCACGGAGCUCGCAUCUUGCGCUGACGGUUUGCCUCUUGAGCCAGUGCCACUGACAGAGUGCCCCGGAGUGCUUGAGUUUAUUCCAAGUUGCGACUUCGUGGAGCCGGGUGAACUCUGCGAGGGUAUGUUGGACAUGGGGGCGGAGGGGUCGCCCGAGACUCCCAUCUGCGGUACUAGAAACGAUUUGGGCAAUUGUCCAAGUCGAAGUGUCUACAGGAAGAGUAUGCCGACGACGACGUCUACAAGCAUAGCCGUAACAACAACACCCAGCUUUGAGUUUACUGAUUCCCCGGUCGGCCUGUGGCAACAUGCUGGGCCAUGUGAGGUGCGCGACGGAUGCUUGCACAGUCCGAAUUUCCCAGCUGCCUAUGGUGUGAACGAGUCCUGUGUGGCAUCAGUGCCGAACUUCUUCGUGGUGAAGGUUGUAUCCUUCGCAACAGAGCGCUACGAAGAUUUUCUCACCGUGUCUGGCAGGUCUUACAGUGGUCCACAGUGGUUGGGUCCGCAGCUCGUUGUAGUCCACUCCCCAAUAUUUUGGCAUUCUGGCAGCACAGCAGCUGAUUCAGAUAGAGGUUGGGAACUGUGCAUCGAGGAUCUGCCUUCGUGCGCAGAUGGCUUGGCACUCAUGCCGGUCUCCAUUCCAGAUUGCCCUUUGGGGGCGCAAGCCUUGCCAGACUGUCAGAAGGCUGCUCCGGGCGAGUUUUGCGAGGGUGAUGGAAGCUGUGGCACGCGAACUGACAUUGACAAUUGCUAUGACAGCAGCUUCACCCACCCCCCUACACGUGAUGUCUACAUGAAGUUUGAUGGUAGUACACUGACGACGACCACCCUGACCAGCACUGGCACCCGAACAACGACACAAACGACCUCUACUUUGCCCCAAGUACUGAUGCAAACAGGGCUUUGGGACCAUUCUGGGCCUUGUGCUAUCGAUUCCGAAUCAGGUCUCGAGUGCGUGGGGCCUCCUUCGGACAAAAUGCAAUCUGGCUUUGAGUGUUUUUUCGAGCCUCCGAACAACAGCAUAGUAACUGUAACCAAAAUCAGUGCACUGUGCGACCGUGACGGUGAUCAUCUUUCCAUUGACGGUUUGCAUUUGAAUAAGUCCUCCAGUGGCCAGCUGUUUUUCCCAGCUGGCAUCAUCCGCUACAGCCCGCAUGCCUCACGGCGGAGAGUCUACACACCCAGGAUAUUGGCACGAUUGCCAAUUUUGGGCUUGGCACCCUGGCAGAUUUGCCUGCAUUGGCCGCGUUGUUUUGAUGGUCUGCUGUUGACACCUAUCCCCAGCGAGGAGUGCAUGAGCGUCCCGGACUCACUGCCCAGCUGUCUCGGCUCCGCCCCCGGAGAGCUGUGUCGGGCCGAAGGCGAGGUGGAGGCAGUGACUGGAGCAGACGCGGAUGGGGAAGCUGGCCAGCCACGACCGUUCUUGGAACUGCGGGCAGAGGUGUCAGUGCAUCUGUUCCGCCAAUUCGCUGCAGCCUGGCUGCUGGAACUGAUGAUCUCCGUGUUUCGGGCACCCCAUGCCGACAUCAGCUCUGCCAUGCAGAAGGUGCUAGCUGCGGAGGGCUUCAGGCAUGUGCUCUGUGACAGCUUCGCCAACGAUACUCAGAUCGACGAUGCUGCCUUCAUCUCGGACUCCUUGCUCUCGAUGGUAGAUUCUGCUGGAGGCUCCAUCGUAGUGAUCCACAUGCCGGAGAGAGGCUUCCGGGAGCACAACCUCGAAGCUUUGCGGCUCCUCCUUUCCGGCUUGCGACAGCGAGACCUUCGGGUCGUGACGCUUUCAGAGCUGAGUCGAGCAGCCAGGCGGCAGUCUCAAAGUUCUGACGCCGAGCAGCUCGACCAUGCCCAAGGCAGUGACGGCUGA